AUGAAGGGGAUUGGAUGGACGCACUGCCUUGAGCAGGUUGCGAAGCCCGUGGUGUACGAGGAGGAUUUGAUUGAGAACGAGAACUGCGCUGACUACAAUCUCUUCGGUAUCUUAGAACCACAACAAGGCUUCUCCGGCUUCGACCACGCGGAGGACUUCGACCACGAGAAGGGUAUCGACGAAUUGGAGUUCUUUGAUUUCUUGGACGAUUAUUGGGAGAUGAGGAGAUUGAUUCGGUACUGCGCUGUCUCCGAUGGGAGCUUCGACCGCGAGAAAUGGGUCGACGAAGACGAUGGUUCUCAGGAAGAGGAGCUCCUGGGUAUCUCAAAGGAGUUCUUGGAGAUGAGGAAGAUGAGUCGCUCAAGGGCUUCUUGGGCCAAAUGGGUAUUGAGAGAUGAAGAUGACUCGCUAGUGCCCUCUCUCCGAUGGGGGCUUCUUGGGCUGUCGAAUGUGUAUUGGGGAAUAACACAGAUGAGAGCACAGAAAGGUUCAAUCUCCAAGAGAGAUGUUGAAGUUGACAGUCUCUUCGACGUGUCAAAAGACUGGGGUACUCUGGAAGAGGACCAGAGCUGGACGCCGAAGGCGAGUUCUCCAGAUCCACAGGAGUAUUGGGGGGCACAAUCAAAGCAGGCUCACUGCUAUGGCGACUCAUCGGCGACAAACGGUGUGCGACUAAGCUCUCGCGAUGCUUGCGACCUCAGCUCUGGCAUGGAGCUCCUUCUGACCGUGCGUCGCCUUGCCAUAGUCCCAAAGCUUCAAUUUACUGUUGGAAAGUUGGGAGACCACGAGGAUAAAAACAUUUCAAGGUCUUCUACAAUUUUAGCUACCAGAGAACUUGACGCCGAAACGGCGAGUGCUACUGACGAUGUCGUCGCCGACAUACUCAAAGUCCCGGGCGAGGUGGGCGACGAGUCCAGCCCUAACAUGGGCCCGGGAGCAUUUGAUAUCGCGAUAUUUCAAGGCCUCCAUUUAACAUACGACAGUGGAAAUCCAUAUAUGGGGCUCAGCACUUUCCCUGUCAUAGAAGGAAUAAUUCACAUCCCGUAG